UCCCCAGCGGCUGCGGCAGCACCAGCGCCGGCCGCCGCCGCCGCCGCCGCCGCCGCCGCCGCCGCCACCACCCCCUCUGGGAAGCGGAGGAGGAGGAGCGGCUGGAGGAGUGGGUGGAGAGGUUGGGCCCUGGGGAGCGGGAUGUCCAUCUCCACGGCUCGGUGGUGAAUGCUGAGGAGAGUCACGGUCGCUGCAGUCAGGGCCACCGGGAGGAAGUGGACGUGUGAGGCCGGGCGGGAGCUAGCGGCGGCGCCGGGGAGAAGCGGGGCGCGGGGUUGGUGCGUGGACUCUACCAGACCACUUCCUGCUCCAACCAUGCCUGGAAGGAACAAGGCCAAAUCCACCUGCAGCUGCCCUGACCUGCAGCCCAAUGGGCAGGAGCUGGGCGAGAGCGGCCGCGCCGCCCGUCCCGGAGCGGAUGAAUCUGAGGAAGAGGGACGGAGGGUGUUUCUCUGUAACGCCGGAGACCCCGAGAUCGUCAAGUCUCCCAGCGACCCCAAGCAAUACCGAUACAUCAAAUUACGGAAUGGCUUGCAGGCACUUUUGAUUUCAGAUCUAAGUAAUAUGGAAGGUAAAACAGCAACAGAUGAUGAAGAGGAGGAAGAGGAGGAAGAAGAUGACGAUGAAGAUGAUGAUGACGAUGAUGAUGAUGACGAUGAUGAUGAUGAAGAUUCUGGGGCUGAGAUAGAAGAUGAUGAUGAAGAGGGUUUUGAUGAUGAAGAAGAAUUUGAUGAUGGUGAACAUGAUGAUGAUGAUCUCGAUGCUGAGGAUAAUGAAUUGGAAGAAUUGGACGAGAGAGCAGAAGCUAGAAAGAAAACUACUGAAAAACAGCAAUCGCAGAGCCUGUUUUUGCUGUGGUCAAAGCUGACUGAUAGACUGUGGUUUAAGUCAACUUAUUCAAAAAUGUCUUCAACCCUGCUGGUCGAGACAAGAAAUCUUUAUGGGGUAGUUGGAGCUGAAUGCAGGUCUGCACCUGGUCAGCAUUUGGCAGGAUGGCAAGUGGAGGAGCAGCAGGGUGAAACUGACACAGUUCUGUCUGCAGCGGCUCUUUGUGUUGGUGUUGGGAGUUUUGCUGACCCAGAUGACCUGCCCGGGCUGGCACACUUUUUGGAGCACAUGGUAUUCAUGGGUAGUUUGAAAUACCCAGAUGAGAAUGGAUUUGAUGCUUUCCUGAAGAAGCAUGGGGGUAGUGAUAAUGCCUCAACUGAUUGUGAACGCACAGUAUUUCAGUUUGAUGUCCAGAGAAAAUAUUUCAAGGAAGCCUUGGAUAGAUGGGCCCAGUUCUUCAUUCAUCCACUAAUGAUCAGAGAUGCAAUUGAUCGUGAAGUUGAAGCUGUUGACAGUGAAUAUCAACUUGCAAGACCGUCUGAUGCGAACAGAAAGGAAAUGUUGUUUGGAAGCCUUGCUAGAUCUGGACAUCCUAUGGGGAAAUUUUUUUGGGGCAAUGCUGAAACUCUCAAGCAUGAACCAAAAAAGAAUAAUAUUGAUACACAUGCCAGAUUGAGAGAAUUCUGGAUGCGUUACUACUCUGCUCAUUACAUGACUUUAGUUGUUCAAUCCAAAGAAACACUGGAUACUUUGGAAAAGUGGGUGACUGAGAUCUUCUCUCAGAUACCAAACAAUGGGUUACCCAAACCAAACUUUGGCCAUUUAACGGAUCCAUUUGACACACCAGCAUUUAACAAACUUUAUAGAGUUAUUCCAAUCAGGAAAAUUCAUGCUCUGACCAUCACAUGGGCACUUCCUCCUCAACAGCAACAUUACAGAGUAAAGCCACUUCAUUAUAUUUCCUGGUUGGUUGGACAUGAAGGCAAAGGAAGCAUUCUAUCUUAUCUUAGAAAAAAGUGCUGGGCUCUUGCAUUAUUUGGCGGAAAUGGUGAGACAGGAUUUGAGCAAAAUUCUACUUAUUCAGUGUUCAGCAUUUCUAUUACAUUGACUGAUGAGGGUUAUGAACAUUUCUAUGAGGUUGCUCAUACUGUUUUUCAGUAUUUAAAAAUGCUGCAGAAGCUGGGCCCAGAAAAAAGAAUUUUUGAGGAGAUCCAGAAAAUUGAAGAUAAUGAAUUUCAUUAUCAGGAGCAGACAGAUCCAGUUGAGUAUGUGGAGAACAUGUGUGAAAACAUGCAGCUGUACCCACUGCAGGACUUCCUCACUGGAGAUCAGCUCCUUUUUGAGUACAAGCCAGAAGUCAUUGCUGAAGCCCUUAAUCAGCUAGUUCCUCAAAAAGCAAAUCUUGUUCUACUGUCUGGUGCUAAUGAGGGAAAAUGUAACCUCAAAGAAAAGUGGUUUGGCACUCAAUAUAGCAUAGAAGAUAUUCAAAAUACUUGGGCUGAACUGUGGAAAAGUAAUUUUGAAUUGAAUUCAGAUCUUCAUCUUCCAGCUGAGAACAAAUACAUAGCCACGGACUUUACGUUGAAGGCUUUUGAUUGCCCUGAAACUGAAUACCCUGUUAAAAUUGUGAAUACUCCUCAAGGUUGCCUGUGGUAUAAGAAAGACAACAAAUUCAAAAUCCCUAAAGCCUAUAUACGUUUCCAUCUGAUCUCACCUUUGAUACAGAAAUCUGCAGCAAAUGUGGUCCUCUUUGACAUCUUUGUCAAUAUCCUUACUCAUAACCUGGCGGAACCAGCUUAUGAAGCUGAUGUGGCACAACUGGAGUAUAAACUGGUAGCUGGAGAACAUGGUUUAAUUAUUCGAGUGAAAGGAUUCAACCACAAACUACCUCUUCUAUUUCAGCUCAUUAUUGACUACUUGACUGAGUUCAGUUCCACACCAGCUGUCUUUACAAUGAUAACUGAGCAGUUAAAGAAGACCUACUUUAAUAUCCUCAUCAAGCCUGAAACUCUGGCCAAAGAUGUUCGGCUUUUAAUCCUGGAAUAUGCCCGUUGGUCGAUGAUUGACAAGUACCGGGCUUUGAUGAAUGGCCUUUCCCUUGAGUCUUUGCUGAGAUUUGUCAAAGAGUUCAAAUCUCAACUCUUUGUGGAAGGUCUGGUGCAAGGGAAUGUUACAAGCACGGAAUCUAUGGACUUCCUGAAAUAUGUUGUUGACAAGCUGAAUUUCAGGCCUCUGGAGCAGGAGAUGCCGGUGCAAUUCCAGGUGGUGGAACUGCCUGGUGGCCACCACUUAUGCAAAGUGAGAGCUCUGAAUAAAGGCGAUGCCAACUCUGAAGUCACUGUGUACUACCAGUCAGGCCCAAGGAGUCUACGGGAAUAUACUCUUAUGGAGCUGCUUGUGAUGCAUAUGGAAGAACCUUGUUUUGACUUCCUUCGAACCAAGCAGACCCUUGGGUAUCAUGUCUACCCAACCUGUAGGAAUACAUCCGGGAUUUUAGGAUUCUCUGUCACUGUGGGGACCCAGGCAACCAAAUACAACUCUGAAGUCGUUGAUAAGAAGAUAGAAGAGUUUCUGUCCAGCUUUGAGGAGAAGAUUGAGAACCUCACGGAAGAGGCAUUCAACACCCAGGUGACAGCUCUGAUCAAGCUCAAAGAGUGCGAGGACACUCACCUCGGGGAGGAGGUGGACCGGAACUGGAAUGAAGUAGUGACACAGCAGUAUCUUUUUGACCGCCUUGCCCAUGAGAUUGAAGCACUGAAGUCAUUCUCAAAAUUAGACUUAGUCAACUGGUUCAAGGCUCAUAGAGGACCAGGAAGUAAAAUGCUCAGCGUUCACGUUGUUGGAUAUGGCAAGUAUGAGCUGGAAGAGGACAGCAGCCCUUCUGGGGAGGAUCCCAGCUCUUCCUGCGAAGGGCUGCAGCUGGCCUACCUGCCACCCUCUCCUCUGUUGGCAGACUCCACUGUCCCCAUCACUGACAUCAGGGCUUUCACAGCAACACUCAACCUUCUCCCCUACCAUAAAAUAGUCCAAUAAACUGCAGUCUCGUUGGCCUGA